UUUACGUUCGUCACGUCGCCGCCAUUUUUAAUACACAAAAUAAUAAAAAACAAAAUUGUUUUUGUUUUUCGCGAAAAGAAGUUACGAAAGUGUAACAAUCACCCGACGUUUACCAGAAAAAUCAGCGAAAUUAAUACUCUUUUGACAUCGCCACUUUAAAGAUGUCACUGGUGCAUCUUGGGCAGCAGCUGCUGGAGGCAGUGCGAAGUGGACAGGAUGACGAUGUCAAAGCUCUGAUGGCCAAUGGGGCUCCGUUCACCACAGACUGGCUGGGCUCGUCGCCGCUGCAUCUCGCAGCCCAGUACGGUCAUCACUCCACCGCCGAGGUGCUGCUGCGUGCCGGCGUCAGCAGGGACGCCCGGACCAAAGUGGACAAGACCCCUCUUCACAUGGCCGCCUCAGAGGGUCACUCCACCUUAGUGGACCUGUUAGUGCAGAACGGCGCCGACAUCAACGCCAAAGACAUGCUGAAGAUGACGGCGCUGCACUGGGCGGCUCAGCACGGCCACAGGGAGGUGGCCGAGCUCCUGCUGAGGUACGGCGCAGACGUCCACUGCCUCAGCAAGUUCGACAAGACGCCCUUCGACAUCGCCAUGGAUACCAGCAACACUGAGCUGAUGAUACUGCUACAGGACGGCAUGCAGAACCAGGUAAACAUCGACCCAGAGGCCCACUACAUCAUCCGUGCUGGUGGGCUGGUCAACCUCUCAGACCUGGUCACCACUACCAAGACAUCCGCAGGCAAGUCAGAGGACGUCAUGGCUGCGGAGUCGGUGGAAACAACCAUUCAGCAUGUGGUGGGCGACGGCGGGCAGAGGGUCAUUACCAUAGUGACGGACCAACACGGCAACCUGCAGCCAGCGACUAUGGGCCAGCAGUUCAUCUUCACCCUGCAGGGGCAGCAGAUGGUGGCUUUGCCAGCCAGCGCAAUCACAGAGGAGGUGGUGGUCGAGGAGCCUCGGCAGGCCACGCCCACACGCAAAAGGAAGACAGACCCCGCAGCCAAUCACAUCAGCCUAAAAGACAAGAAGGUCAAAGAAAGUCGUGAGCAGCUGGAGCGGCAGCUGCAGGAAGCCAAUCUUAAAGCCCAGGGGUACCAGCAGCAGCUCCUGCAGAAGGAGCAAGAGGCCGAGCAGUAUCGCCUCAAACUGGAGCAGGCCAUCGCCACCAGUAACAACAGCAUCAACAACGCCAUCACUGCGAUGACGGUUACCUUAAACAACGGUGCUACAGUGAAGCAGGAGGAGGAGGAGGAGAUGAUGGUAGAGGAGCAGCUAGAGUUGACGGAGGAGGCUGCAACAAAAGAGACGAUAGAAGACGAGAGGGGAAACGCAAAGGGCGAGGGAGAGGUCAUCUGUGAACUGCAACAAGAUGCUAUUCUUGUGAAUGAGUGUGAGCCGGAUGUGGAGGUCGCAGGUGCAGGGGAAACACACGAGUCAUCCCCCUGUCGGCGAGGCCAAGGUAGAAGGAGAGGCAGAGGGGGACGCAGACAUUAGCUGACAUGUUUUGUGAUAAUCUAUUUAUUUGAUUUUAUAACCCUUUUGUAAAAAAUUUUGAACUUUAGACUUUUGUAAAUAUGUCAACAUUUUCAUGCAGCACAAACCUCAUGAGGAUUUUAGAUUAAGUUAGAUUAGAUUAUGCUAUUUUAUUAUCUUCACGUGUGGCGUCUGCCUAUAGUUUAGCCAUCUGUGUUUACUGUGCACUAACUGGUGGCUGUGCAGUCGGUGUACGCUGUGAUAAUUAGUUUAUUAGAUUAAAUCCAAAGUGGCAGAAACGAGAAAGCAAUUAAUAUUUUCUAGGGCUGUCAAUCGUUUAAAACAUUUAAUGGAGAUUGUGUGAAUCGCAAAUUAAUUACCCAUUUUUUAUCUGUUCAAAA